AUGGAAGGGCUUCCUGAAUGCAACCACCACAUUGCUGAGUCGCCUUCCAAGAUGGUAAAGAUCAUUGGGGUGGAGCCCUCUGAUGCAAAUGCUAUGGCAUUGUCUCUGUAUCAUGGUCAAAGGGUCAUGCUAGAGCAAGUGGGAGGAUUUGUAGAUGGUGUGGCUGUUAAAGUAGUUGGAGAAGAGACAUUUCGCUCAUGCCGAGAACUGAUAGAUGGAGUGGUUCUUGUUGGUCGUGAUGCUAUUUGUGCAUCUAUAAAGGAUAUGUUUGAGGAGAAAAGGAGCAUUUUAGAACCAGCUGGUGCCCUUUCUCUAGCAGGGGCAGAGGCAUACUGCAAAAACUAUGGCUUGGAAGGUACAAAUGUUGUGGCAAUAGCUAGCGGUGCAAACAUGAACUUUGAUAGACUUAGGUUAGUAAUCGAACUUGCCGAUAGAGCUAACGAGGUUCUCAGGCGGAAGAACAAGGCUUCGAGUCCAGGUGGUGACUUAACUCUGGCGGUGACUGAAGCUGUUGGACUUCACAUUGACACCGAACUUGGGCCAACGGUGGAGCGCUUGAGAUCUGCACAGCUAAGAACGUUCAACCUUACCAAUGAUGAUAUGGUGAAGCAUCAUCUACGAUACUUCAUGGGAGGCCAAUCAAAUGUCCAAGAUGAAGUACUUUGCCGAUUUAUCUUCCCUGAGAGGCCAGGUGCUCUUAUGAAAUUUUUGGAUGCCUAUAGUCCACGUUGGAAUAUCAGCCUCUUUCAUUAUCGAGCUCAGGGUGAGACUGGUGCUAAUGUGUUGGUUGGCAUCCAAGUCCCAAAGGAGGAUAUGGAAGAAUUCAGGAAUAAGGCAAACAAUCUUGGUUAUGAGUAUGCAUACGAGGUGACCAAUGAAGCCUAUAAGCUUUUAAUGCAGUGA